AUGAUUUCAGAAUCUACAAAUAUAGUACCAGAAUAUUUAGAUGAAGAAACAGUAAAUACGCAAAUAGGCGCACAUCAUAUUUUUCGAAUUCAAGACUUCACAUUUGUUACCUCGGAUACAUGUACGCUCAUCUCACCAAAUGGCACAACGUUUGAUCUACUAAAAGAUGAGGUUCCAGGCAUUAAGAAACAUACUGCCAUUGAUUCGUCAUGUGGUGUUAAUAUCACAGUAAAUUCGGAAGAUUUCGUCGGAAACUGGUCUCUACAAGCAAACGGCACAAGGUUAAAUAAACCAAUAGAAAGAAUACUGCAUUUUGUCGUUAUUGUAGAAGAAGCGGUAGAAGCCUCUCCAAGCGUACUCAUAGUUGGAAAGGGCAAUAAUUUCCAUAUCGGACUGGCAAAACCAACCACAGUACCGGAAACUUGCAAGUUGUAUAGACCUCAAGGAAUUGAAUAUCAAGAAAAUACUACUGAAAUUUCCAAUUAUUGUUCGUACAAUAUCAACAACGUUACCGCAGAAGACGACGGCACCUGGGUUAUUGUGUAUGGAAACACAAUCACCUACAAAGCAGCGGUUCAAGUUACUGUUGUAGGCAAUUUUAAUAAGAAUAGUACCCAGGAGUUCGUUUGGACCUUGGGCGCUCCCGUUAAUCAAAUUAUUGGACCAGAAAAUGCUAUAUAUUGCAAAAUAAUUGAUUCAUAUUCAGUUACUGUUUUUGAAGAUUUUGGAAGGUGUAAUAUUUCUAUCGAUAGAGUUACUUCUAAACAUGCUGGAUAUUGGAAGAUGUCAGUUGGUAUGCACGGCAGUGUGCUACCAGAAGAAACUAUUUUCACUGUCGCUGUUAAGCAUGCUGAACCCAAGUCAAAAAUUAUCUCAUAUGUGGUAGUAAGAGAGCCAAUAGUGACGUUGACAUGUUAUCUCGAGAGCAAAUUUCCGGUUGAAGCUUGCAAGUUCCGUGAUCCAUCUGGCAAAGUUCUGCUCGCUCAUGAGGGAGUCAGUCAGAGCCGAUACCGCUUCCACGGAGCCACUGUUAUGAGGACUUAUGACACCGUCGCUCAGAACCACACUUGCGCUCUCCAAAUAACUGAACCCGUGGUAUCAGACAUUGGUCUUUGGCGAUGUGGUGUUCAGACUGAGCAUGACACAUACUUCGGCCACUUAUCUGUCCGUUGUCCUUGGGUCAUUAAAGAUGUUGAAGUUGCAGCUGCGAUUAUAACAGAGCCAACUCUAUCAGCGGAUCGCUUUUCAGUUUCUGCUUUUGAAGAUGAAAGCAUUACUCUGUCCUGUUCCAUUCAGGCUGCUAUCCGAUACUGCUAUUUCAGAGCUAGUAAUGGCACUGUCUUCGAUGUCUUCCCUGGACAAUCAAAUUAUGUGGGAGCUGGAUUUGAUGCUGGUGAAUGUGGCAUUCGGUUCUCGGGCCUCUCUGCCAACGAUAGUGGAACUUGGAGCUGUCAUGUUGGACUUACCGAUGCCUCCAAGGAGCAGAGACGUCCUAUCUCAAUCAGCAUUCAAGAGCCUCUUAGAGUGAAUCAAUAUUUGCAUAGAAAUCAUUUAAUAAUCGAAGCAGACGCUCUCCCGAGUGGAUGGAUAGACUACUGCGUCUUCGUUAGAAUCGACGGACUAGGUUUUACAACCGACAACGCUCCUAUGGGCUAUCGCACCUCUAUACAACGUGCGACCGGAUCCUGCACGCUUCGUAUUUCGUCACCCACUACCCUUGACCGCCACCCUUGGACUGUAAUGGUCAAGGUCAGCGGAAAGGAAGACUUGGUGACCCAAGUCACUGAUUUAACCUUGAGGGUGCCUGAUACAAGUGUUACAGGAUUCCGUUUCCCAACAUUAUGGGUGAUAGUGAUGGUUGUGGGCCUGUCUAUGCUCCUAUUGUCGAUUGUACUCGGGCCUCAGAAGAACCGUAAAUGGGUCGCUGCACGCUCAGUUUCUGUACGGAACAGCUUCAGAAAUAGCAUCAGGAAACCCCCGCUCAACAAUACACCAACGGUGGCUUAA